AUGUUCAAACCUAAAAAGCGGGACCAGCUGCCUUACCGUCGGAGCUUAUCAGCUACGGCCAUUCAGGACCAUCGUCGCGAAGUGACAGCACCAACUAAAGAACCAGAACCACUGGAACCGGUCGUAGCCAGCGCAUCUCCCACGAAAGAUCAUAAAAAGCGUAUCGUUAUGAGUUUGCCGGGUUUGGAGCGUUACAAGCUGAUCAAGAAACUGGGAGAUGGUGCAUUUGCCAAUGUCUAUAUGGCGCGUGACCUGCAGUCAGGCCAGAAGGUGGCUAUUAAAGUAGCUUUCAAGCAAGAGCUAGAUGCAGCAGAGCACGGCAAUCAUCGCCACCUGCAUCCUAAUAUGAAACAAAGGCCAAAGGCCACCGAGCGUGUCAGAAUAUUGAAAGAGGUGCAGAUCAUGCGCGGGGUUCGCCAUCCCAAUAUCGUUCGAUUACAUCAGUUUAUCGAAACCAAGAGUAACUAUUUCCUCAUCAUGGAUCUCUGCAGAGGUGGUGAAAUUUUCCAUCGUCUGGUCGAUUUGACGUAUUUCAGCGAAGCACUCGCACGCCACGUGAUUAUCCAAGUAGCCAAUGCGGUUCGACACCUUCACGAACAAUGCGGCAUUGCCCAUCGUGAUAUCAAGCUUGAAAAUAUUCUUUUUGAUCCUAUUGCCAUCAUCCCUUCGGGUGCUCAACAAAAUGUCGUCAAGGGGCGCGUUGAUGGUGAAAUGAAGCGUGACGAAGGUUUAUUUACGGAAAAUAUAGGCGGCGGCGGUAUUGGCAAAGUGAAGUUGGCCGAUUUUGGUUUAUCCAAAGUGAUCUGGGACAAUUCCACAUUGACUCCAUGUGGCACGGUAGGGUAUACCGCCCCAGAAAUUGUACGUGACCAGAAAUAUUCCAAAUCUGUGGACAUGUGGUCCAUUGGCUGCGUUCUCUACACCUUGCUGUGUGGAUUUCCUCCGUUUUACGACGAAUCCAUCCGCGUUCUUACUCAGAAAAUUGCGCAUGGCCAGUUCACCUUUUUAAGCCCUUGGUGGGAUGCAGUUUCAGCGGAAGCCAAAGAUCUGAUUACUCAUUUGUUGCACGUGGAUCCUCGCGAACGAUACACGAUAGACGACUUUUUCAAGCAUCCAUGGAUUCACGACACUUACCAACGUAUGUACAAGACGAACUCAAUGUCAACGCGAGCCCCGAAAAAACCACCAACGACGCGUACACUUGCUAUCGAAAACGCUAGCCGAAAAGCUAAAGCUGCCAAGCCGAGCAUAGAGCAUCAUGCUUCCAAUGAUCCUCCUUUCCAUUCUCCAGAGCACAAUAAACACGGAGACAAGCAGGACAAGAAUGAUCCAGUGACUCGGGCGUAUCCGCGACCGGUGCAGGAGAACGAGCUGUACUCACCAGGAGUUGCCUCCCUCAAGGAAAUACUCGAUAUUACCUACGCCAUGCAACGAUUAGGUGAAGAGAAGGCAUGGCAGAAGCAGCAAGAAGCGCAGGGUAAGACCCAACCACCCGCACAAGCAGCAACUACCAUGAGAGAACUGCAGUCACCCCAAGGACCCGAUUUCCAACUGAACUUGAAUCAAGCCAGUCUCUUGCGGAACCGACGCAUUGAACGAUUGAACCAGAAAGACCCCGGAGGAGCAGAGGAGUCGUCUCUCCAUAAAGCUGCAUGUGCUGGGCGACAACAUCAAUAA